AUGAGCCUGGAUCACCAGAGAACUUUUGCAGAGUGGCUCAUCAAACUCGACGACCAAAUUAGGAAGAAUGACCGAGGAAUUCUACUGGUUGUCGACAACUGCUCUGGUCACACUGUGAAUGUUUGCCUGACGCACAUUCGCUUGGAGUCUCUGCCGCCAAAGAACACGUCCUUGCGGAAACCCCUAGACCAGGGCAUCAUAAAGUGUGCGAAACCAGAAUCCUGUAAACGCUUUGUGCAGCGGUUCAUUAUCAACUUCUUCCGGAAGCAGCCAACUGCAAUCAAUGUUCGUCAGGCAAUGGAGAUGCUCACAGGAGCUUGGUGGAACUUGAAGGCGCCCACCAUUAGCACUGCUGGCGAAAAGCGGGGCUUGUCAACGUGCCUGUGCAGCUUGAAGACAACCUGGAGAUGA